CAGCGGCGGCGGCGACUCUUGGAGGAGAUGGAGGUGUCCCAGCCGGUAGCCGCAGCUCAGGGGGAAGAGGCGUCCUGCUCUUCCUGGGGGGCCGGCAGUACCAAUACAAAUUUGCCCGUCAUGUCAGCAGAGUCUGUGGAGAUUGAUGAUGCAUUGUACAGUCGACAGAGGUACGUUCUUGGAGACACAGCAAUGCAGAAGAUGGCCAAGUCCCAUGUUUUCUUAAGCGGUAUGGGUGGUCUAGGUUUGGAAAUUGCAAAGAAUCUUGUUCUUGCAGGAAUCAAGGCACUUACCAUUCAUGAUACAGAAAAAUGUCAAGCAUGGGAUCUAGGAACCAACUUCUUUCUCUGUGAAGAUGAUGUUGUUAAUAUGAGAAACAGGGCUGAAGCUGUACUUCAUCAUAUUGCAGAACUAAAUCCAUAUGUUCAUGUCACAGCAUCUUCUGUUCCUUUAAAUGAAGCCACAGAUCUCUCUUUCUUAGAUAAAUACCAGUGUGUAAUAUUGACUGAGAUCAAACUUCCGUUGCAGAAGAAGAUCAAUAACUUUUGCCGUUCUCAUUGCCCUCCAAUUAAGUUUAUCAGUGCAGAUGUACAUGGAAUUUGGUCACGGUUAUUUUGUGAUUUUGGUGAUGAAUUUGAAGUUUCAGAUACAACAGGAGAAGAGCCAAAAGAAAUUUUCAUUUCAAAUAUAACGCAAGCUAAUCCUGGCAUUGUCACCUGCCUUGAAAAUCAUCCUCACAAACUUGAGACGGGACAGUUUUUAACAUUCCGAGAAAUUAAUGGAAUGACAGGCUUAAAUGGAUCGACACAACAAAUAACUGUGGUAUCACCAUUUUCUUUUAGCAUUGGUGAUACUACAGAACUGGAUCCCUAUUUACAUGGAGGCAUAGCUGUCCAAGUUAAGACUCCUAAAACAUUUUGCUUUGAACCAUUGGAGAGGCAGAUAAAACAUCCUAAGUGCCUUAUUGUGGAUUUUGGCAAACCUGAGGCACCUUUACAGAUUCACACAGCAAUGCUUGCCUUGGACCAGUUCCAGGAGAACUAUAGUCGCAAGCCAAAUAUUGGGUGCCAGCAAGAUUCAGAAGAGCUCUUGAAACUAGCAACAUCUAUAAGUGAAACCCUGGAAGAGAAGCCAGAAGUAAAUGCUGACAUUGUGCAUUGGCUCUCUUGGACUGCUCAAGGUUUUUUACCCCCACUUGCUGCAGCAGUAGGAGGUGUUGCUAGCCAGGAAGUAUUGAAAGCUGUAACAGGAAAGUUUUCUCCUUUGUGCCAGUGGUUAUACAUUGAAGCAGCAGAUAUUGUCGAAUUCCUAGACAAACCUGAACGUGAAGAAUUUCUCCCACGAGGAGAUAGAUAUGAUGCCCUACGAGCUUGCAUUGGAGACACUUUGUGUCAGAAGCUACAAAAGUUGAAUAUCUUCUUGGUAGGAUGUGGAGCCAUAGGCUGUGAAAUGUUAAAAAAUUUUGCUUUACUUGGUGUUGGUACGGGCAAAGAAAAAGGAAUGGUUACAGUUACAGAUCCUGACUUGAUAGAAAAAUCCAACUUGAAUAGACAGUUCCUGUUUCGUCCUCACCACAUACAGAAACCUAAAAGCUAUACUGCUGCUGACACAACCUUGAAAAUAAAUCCUCAAUUAAAGAUAGAUGCACACUUGAACAAAGUAUGUCCAGCCACAGAGGCUAUUUACAAUGAUGAGUUCUAUACUAAACAAGAUAUAAUUAUUACAGCAUUAGAUAAUGUGGAAGCCAGGAGAUAUGUAGACAGCCGUUGCUUAGCAAAUCUACGACCCCUCUUAGAUUCUGGAACAAUGGGCACUAAGGGACACACUGAAGUUAUUGUACCUCAUUUAACUGAAUCCUAUAAUAGUCACCGGGAUCCCCCAGAAGAGGAAAUACCAUUUUGUACUCUAAAGUCCUUUCCAGCUGCUAUUGAACACACCAUACAGUGGGCAAGAGAUAAGUUUGAAAGUUCCUUUUCCCAUAAGCCUUCAUUAUUUAACAAAUUUUGGCAAACCUAUCUAUCUGCAGAAGAAGUUUUACAGAAGAUACAAGCUGGACACAGUUUAGAAGGCUGUUUUCAAGUUAUUAAGUUACUUAGCAGAAGACCUAGAAAUUGGUCCCAGUGUGUAGAAUUAGCAAGAUUAAAGUUUGAAAAAUAUUUUAACCAUAAGGCUCUUCAGCUUCUUCACUGCUUUCCUCUAGACACACGAUUAAAAGAUGGCAGCUUGUUUUGGCAGUCACCAAAGAGGCCUCCAUCUCCAAUAAAGUUUGAUUUAAAUGAACCUUUGCACUUCAGUUUUCUUCUGAAUGCUGCAAAACUGUAUGCUGCAGUCUAUUGCAUUCCAUUUACAGAAGAGGACUUAUCAGCAGAUGCCCUCUUGAAUAUUCUUUCUGAAGUAAAGAUUCAAGAAUUCAAACCUUCCAACAAGGUUGUUCAAACAGAUGAGACUGCAAGGAAACCAGAGCAGGUUCCUAUUAGCAGUGAAGAUGAGAGGAAUGCUAUUUCCCAGCUAGAGAAGGCUAUUUCAUCUAAUAAAGCCACCACAAGUGACCUUCAGAUGGCGGUGCUUUCAUUUGAGAAAGAUGAUGAUCACAAUGGACACAUAGAUUUCAUCACAGCUGCAUCAAAUCUUCGUGCCAAAAUGUAUAACAUUGAACCAGCUGACCGUUUCAAAACAAAGCGCAUAGCUGGUAAAAUUAUACCUGCUAUAGCAACAUCCACUGCUGCAGUUUCUGGCCUGGUUGCAUUGGAGAUGAUCAAAGUAGCUGGCGACUGUCCGUUUGAAGCUUACAAAAAUUGUUUCCUUAAUUUAGCCAUUCCAAUUAUAGUGUUUACAGAGACAUCUGAAGUAAGAAGAACUGAAAUCAGAAAUGGAAUAUCAUUUACAAUUUGGGACAGAUGGACUGUACAUGGAAAAGAAGACUUCACCCUCUUGGAUUUCAUAAAUGCAGUCAAAGAGAAGUAUGGAAUUGAACCAACGAUGGUGGUGCAGGGAGUCAAAAUGCUUUAUGUUCCUGUAAUGCCUGGUCAUGCAAAAAGAUUGAAGUUAACGAUGCAUAAACUUGUGAAACCUUCUACUGAAAAGAAAUAUGUAGAUCUUACUGUGUCAUUUGCUCCAGACACUGACGGAGAUGAAGAUUUGCCUGGACCUCCAGUGAGAUACUACUUUAGUCAUGACACUGAUUAACAGAAGAUGUCUUAAAUUUACUCCAGGACUACUUGAUUUUGAAAAGAUUGCACUUAAUUCAGGAAUGAAAAAAUCAACUCAUAGUAUUAUGGAUUUCUCUUUGAUGAAGCCUUAAUUUAAGGGAAACAUCAGUAGAAAACUACAGUGAAGAAUUGUAAAGCAUUUUGGCAUAUAAUAUAUACUUGUCUAGUGCUUCAUAUGUGGAUAUGAUCACAAGCAAUUUUGAACUGGACUGACAUUUUAUAAUGCUUACAAAACAUUUAUGUAUUAACCUCUGGAUGAAAAGAAAAGAAAAUAUGUAUCCGUCACCAGAAGAGAUAAAAGAUCAAGAAAUUGAAAGUAACAAAUGCAACUAUCCAAAAAAUUUAAUCCUAUUUUAUGAAUUUCCUUUUGUGCACUAUUUGAGGCCAAGUUUUUCCAUACAAAUAGUGUUUGGCACCCUGCACCUCUCAUAAUUAGUCUUUGAGUUUAACACCAGUGGGAAGAGGAGAGAUGGUAGCAGUGGAUAAAGAGUAGACAUUUUAAAUUGUACCAUUACAGUUUACUGUCCUGUUACCUCUGCUAAUUUAACUACAGUUUGUUAGUAUCACUGUCUCCCAAAAAUCAGGAUCGUUGUUGAUAGCAUCAGUAUUGUAACCCAUGAGCAGUAGGUCAGAUGACACAUGUUAACUCGGAUUAAAUGUGAACAGAUAAAUGCAGCUAAUUUAAUUCUUCAGUAUGCCUUCUAAUGUGGCUAUUUUAUUUAUUUGGAACUCUAAACCUGACUGUCCUAGUAUAGAAGACUAAAACGUUUUGUAAAGGGAGUGUCCUUAGAAGUAGAUGGAAACUAGAAAUUAAAAAAAUCAUUACUA